AUGGCGCCCCCGCUCAGCAUCCCGCUGCUCCUCGCCUGCUGCCUGUGGGCCGCGCUGGCUCAGAGCGACAGCGCCAAGAAGAGCAUCUGGGACGACCCCAUCAAGUUCAACUCCAAGGCCAAGGACGCCUGCCUCAUGCACGUUUCGGGCCAGGGGGACUACACCAAGCUGAGGAUCUCCUGCAGGAACAAGGCCAGCUCCUACUACUGCGACUACCAGGGCAAGCCCAACUUCUGCCGCGCCUACAGCAACAACCCCCGCCACUACUUCACCCAGAUCAUGUGGGACCUGCGCAAGCAGACCAACGCCUGCCAGGGGCCCAAGGUGCUCCGGGCCCUCAUGUGCAAGAAGGCCCCCGACGAGGCGCAGAUGACCUUCGUCAGCUCCUGGCCCAAGCCGGCCGCCCCCAAGCAGACGGCGAAGAUCACCUACGAGAGGAAGCCCGCCACCCAGAAACCCGCCGCCAACAAGCCGCCGCAGCCCGCCCCCGCCAGACCGGGAGCCAGAGCCCCCCAGCCCAAAAAGCCCACGCCGAAGACCACCAGGGGCCAGACCACGCCCAGGCCCACAGAGCACGGCGGAGAAAGCCGCGCCGUCAAGCUGGCCCAGGAGUACUGCUGGAAGUCCCUGCAGGGCGUCUGCGCCUACUUCAUCAGCUGGUUCCACCGCAACUAGACAGGUUUAAAUUCCCACAAAGAAGACUUUAUAAGUCACAGUUGUGGUCAGUACCUUAUAUAUGAGGAGGAAAGGAUCCACAGACCAUCUGUCAGUAGCUUCAGAUUUUUGGCUUUGCUGUCAAUAAACAGACUGUCCUUUUCAACAGUUUUUAUAUGAUGUUGUUAUACAUUUCAUUUCACCAUUUGUCAGAAAUUCUGUUUUUUUAUAUAUGUAUUGUGUGUAAAUUAAGAUAUCAGCUUUUGAGUAAAUGGUAUUUGAAAAGCUACAUUGCAGACACGAUGCGGUGGGGGUUACUGGAACAAAAACCUUUUAGGUUUAAAUUUGCCUGGCUUGUUUUGGACAGCUAGAUAUUUUAAUGUUUUGGAGUAAUGCUCACUCCAUAGGCAGGUCUGACCCCUGUACAUUACAACAGUAACAUUGUCCAUAUAAUGCCAGUUUGUAUAUGCUGUGGUUUCCACAAAUCAUCUUAACCGAAGAGAACAAAAGUGUGUGGUUAUGUCUUCAAACGGCAAAGGUGAC